ACUUAUUUUGAUUUACUUUCAUUAAUUGUGUAGGUUAGGAUGUCUUACAAAAAAAAGUAUUGCCUAAGUGACCGGUCAAAAAGAAGAAGGGUGCAAGAGGAGGUAGAAAUACCUAUGGAAUUAAUUAAUGUUAAAAAAAAAUCAACAUCAAAUUUAGUUUUUGAACCUUGUUUUCCAAAAUCAAAUAAUACUCUUAUUACUAUUAAUGAUGUAUCAACUUCCUCAACUACAGCCAUUGAUUCUGUCUUAGCAAAUACUGUAAUCACAAAUGAAAAUGAAUAUUUUAAAGAAUUGGAUCACUUUUCAUCGUCAGCUUUGUCUUCUAAUGAAGAUAACACAGAUAAUGAAGAUGUAACUUAUUUUAAUGAUGAUGUUGAUCAGUUAUCAUUAUUUAGUUCUUUAAUUGCUCAGUGGGCAGUUUCAUUUAACAUUUCUCAAAAUGCACUUAAUGCAUUAUUAAAAUUAUUAAAACAUCAUAAAUGUUUUGAAACUUUGCCUAUUGAUUCACGAACUAUAUUAAGUACAAACAAAUUCACUUCAAAUUGUCGUGCUGUGGAACCUGGAAAAUAUCACCAUUUUGGUAUAUUGAAUGGAAUUAAACAAAAUAUCCCUGAUUGUUUUGAUUAUGAUAUGAUUCAGAUUGUUGUUGGAAUAGAUGGAUUACCAAUUUUUAAAAGUAGUCCUGAACAAUUUUGGCCUGUUCUUGCGUAUAUCCGACCAAAUAACAAUCAAGUGUUUCCAAUUGGGAUUUAUUGUGGGCAAGUAAAACCCAUUGAUAGUAAUGAUUUCCUGAAAGAGUUUGUAGAUGAGGCAAAAAUAUUAAGUGAAAGUGGUAUUUAUAUAAAUAAUAAAAAGUAUAAUUUUUCUAUAGAUGCUUUUUGUUGUGAUGCGCCUGCAAAAUCUUUUAUUUUAAAAACUAAAGGACAUUCAGGUUUUUUUUCUUGCUCUAGGUGUGAGCAAGAAGGACAAUAUUUAUCAAAUAGAAUUUGUUUUCCAUACACUUUGCCGUCUAACUGUCCACCCAAGCGAACUCAUGAUAAUUAUGUUUUGCAAACUCAAGAGGAAUAUCAUAUUGGAAAUGUCUCUAUUUUAGCAACUUUGCCCAAUUUUAAUAUAACGACUGGAUUCUGUCUUGAUUAUAUGCACUUGGUAUGUCUAGGAACUGUUCGAAAACUAAUACUAUUAUGGAUGAAAGGGCCUCUUGAAGUUCGUUAUCCAUCUUGGAAGAUAAAAGAAAUAUCUAGUUACAUUCAAAUUAUUAAAAACAAAAUGCCUUGUGAAUUUGCUAGAAAACCUAGGAAUCUAGAUGAAAUAAAUAGGUGGAAAGCAACAGAAUUUCGUAUGUUCUUACUAUAUUAUGGUAUAAUAGUCACUAAACCAUCAUUAAAAGAUCAACACUGGAAUCAUUUUUUUAAUUUAAGUAUUUCAAUGAUUAUUUUAUUAAGUCCUGAUCAUUUGAAGUACAUAGAUGUUGCACGUAAAUUAUUAGACAGUUUUGUGAAAGAUUUCGAGAUAAUUUAUGGCCGUUACCUCAUUUCGCAUAACAUUCAUGGAUUAACACACUUAGGUGAUGAUUAUGAAAAAUUUGGGCCAUUAGAUAAUUGUUCAGCUUUCCCCUUUGAAAAUUACAUGGGUUCCUUAAAGAGAAUGCUAAGAAAACCACAUAAACCUUUGGAACAAAUUAUCAAAAGAUAUAGAGAAAUUUGUUUACUAAAGUCUAACAUUAAACCUAAAAAUUGUGCUCCUUAUUUUUCUGGACUUCAUACCCGCGGUCCUACAUUAUCAGGUUCAAUAAAAGGAAAACAGUUUACCACAUUGAUAUUAAAAAGCAUGACUAUUAAAACACAUCUAGAAAGAGAUUCAUACUUCUUGACUCGAGAAAAAAAAAUAGUAAAAGUUUUCAACAUCAUUCAGAAAGAAAAUUCAGAAGAAGUGAUCCUUAUUUGUAAAAUAUUUGAUCAAAAAAAUGAGUUAUUUAUCAAACCUAUAAAAUCUAGCGAAUUAGAUAUUUAUGUUGUUAAAAAUUUAUCUAAUAAUCUUCAUAAGUAUAAUAUUAAAGAUAUUAAAAAAAAAAUGAUUCUUUUACCAUCUAAUAAUAAUGACUUAAUUGUAUUACCAAUUAUUCAUUCAUCUUAA